UGGUGUUGCCUGGACUGUGGCUGCCGCUGCUGCUGCUGCUGCUGCUGCAGUUGUUACUAUGCAUCACGACGCAUGCGCCACCACCACUGCUGGCGUCAUUUGGCCAAAUGUCUGCCGAGCGUCUGCCUCUAGCCUGCUGUACUGCUGCCUUUUGAAGCCAAAAAAAGCAACAAAAUCAACGGCAGGCAGCAGCACCACACCAAACCAGCAGACAGAUAGCAAAAGUAACUGCAACAACAGUAACAGGCCAUUGAACGGGGAGGUACAGCAACAAUUGCAAGCGCAAGAGAGGGAGAUUUAGUGAGAGAUCGGAAACUGCAAGCAAUAACGCAAUCAAGAAAGAGAGCAGAAACCGCAAGCGCAAAUCGAUCCAAGAGAGAGAGAACAAAAACUGCCUGAGAGAAGGUGCGAAAGAGAGCGAGCGAGUCAGCGAUUAAGAAGGACCCGUAGGACCAAGAGAGUGGGUAGCAGGCAUCCAGCAGGAGCAGGAAGGGUCAAAGUGCAUCAAAGGCAUUAAUUUAAAUUGGAUAUUAUGUGCGCAACGGCAGCAGAAAGGACACACACCAAAACCACAGAGAGCUCAUGUAUGACAAAUCCAAGAAAUCGUGGAGUCAACGGCUCAAGACACUCGGCAGCAGCCACAGUGGAGGAGACGCCUCUCUAGGCACCGUCAGCGGCAUGCAGGCCAUGCAGCAGCUGCAGCUGCAUAUGCAGCAUCAGCACCAGCACCAGCACCAGCAACAACAGAUGCAACACCAGCAUCAGCAACAGCAGUUGGCCCAGCACUUGCCCCAGCACCAUGGACACCAUGGGCACCACUUGGCUGCCUAUCAGCUGCCGCCGCCCGUUGCCGCCGAGUUCCUGCCCAGCGCCCUGUCGCGCUCCAUGAAGUAUGCCGAGCCCUGGAUCUAUGGCACUGUGCGGGGCAUACCCGCGCGUCCCUCCUACGGCUACCAUCAUCAGCAGCUUCAGCAGCUUCAGCAGCAUCAUCAUCCCCAUGCGGCGGCCAUCUUUGCCACGGACGGGGGUGGCGACUCCCCCCUGCGGGGAGCCCUGGCAGUGGUGAUCUGUUCGUGCGCCGAGUAUCUGAACGGAACGAAACGUGACGUGAAGAAGGCGAGCGUAUGCAAGAAGUGCAAAGGUUCGCGCCUGCCCCUGGCCACCAUCGGUGGCGGCACUGUCGGGGGCACUGUCAGACUGCCAGCUGUCAGCAGCAGCGGCGGGGGCAGGAGCAGCCGACCGAUGGCUGCCACAAUGCGUGUGGUUAGUGCCACAAAGAAAUCACGUCCCUCCAUUCUGGAUCCACAGAAGGAUCCCUACGACCUGAUGCGACGCACGCGACUCCUCUCGCCGGAGCCGACGAGUGCCAGUGCCAGCAGCAAGGACUCCCCCAGCAAGGAGGGAAAGUCACGUAGCCGCGAAACGGCCACGAUAUCCACGACAAGGGGUCGCACCCGUACUAGGGCACCGCUGCCACCGUCAAAGGGGGCUGCUGCUCCCCCAGCAGCAACAUCUGCAGCACCAGAGCCCGCCGACUGCUGGCUAUUGGAGGACAAUGAUGCACUGCUGCAGAGCAGCGGCCUCAGCGGCAGAGCCUCCAGCGCUGGCAGCAGUCGCCGGUCCAUCCUUCGCUGCAACGUUAAUCCCUACGACCUGAUCUCAAUUGAAAAUGGGAAGCAGAACCAACAGCAGCUGCAGCCGCAGCAGCAGACGCAGCAGAAGAAGAAGCAGUCGGGGAAGUCCGUCUAUGUGGAUGACUUCGAUGUGGCCGAUGCCCAGCUGCACGACGACGAGCAGGAGCGCCAGCGGAGCGAGCAGCGGGAGAAGGCAAAGCGCAAGAAGUUCUACGGCAACAAUGUGGCGGCCAUUGCAGGCCAAAGGAUUAGCCUGGGCAAGGAGAAGCCAAUCGAUCCAUCCGAUUCGAGCGACAGCUAUGAGCGGAUCAUUAUCGCCUCGUCCUCCUCCUCCUCUUCGGGGGAAGCGGCGGCGACGUCUUCACCCCCAGUGGUGGGGCCGCGACGUCCGCCACGCAAUAAAAAAGCAGAUGAGCCGACAGCAAUCAGCCCGGAAGUGCCUGUAACGGCAACAAUGCCUGUAACUCCUUCAAAGGCGACUCCAACUGAUGUUGAGAAUGAUGCAGAUGAUGAUGAUGAUGAUGGUAAUGAUGGCACCUCGGCCUUUACACUGCUCACUGUGACGCCCACAAUGCCGGCCAUCAAGUCCAUACUGAAGCGGCGUCCAUCCACAUUGGAGUUGCCUUCAGCUGCCGUGUCUCCUUCUUCCGUCAUCCUACUGCCCGACGGUGGUGUGGCGGCGCCACUGCUGACGCCUUCGGGCAAGUCACAGUUCUACAUUCCGACGCCAACGAAGGCGACAGCUGCCACGCCCACGAACACAGCUGCAACAGCAACAUCAACACCUACACCCACGUCCAGUGGUGGCACACCAGGAGCGAAUGGUGCGACGAUGACGCCAACAUCGAGUUCACGCAAAAAAGUGCAAUUUAUGGUCGAGGAUAAAAUCAUAGCCACGACAACGGAUACGGCGGCGACAACUGAUGACAGCAGCGAUGCCAGCAAUGCCUUUGUUGCCCCAGCCCCAGCCACGGCUGGAUCUGCUGCUGCUGCUGCUGCUGGUGAUGAUGCAACAACAACAACAACCAGGACAAACUAUGAGUACUACAAUCGCAAGAGAAAUGCAGCAGCAGUAGCGGCGGCAGCCACAGCGGCAGUAGGGAGAGCCGCAGCAGCAGCAGUAGCAGCAGCGGCACAGCAGGAGACAUUUGCGGCUGACGUUGAUGAUGAGCAUAACUUUACAACUUCCGCUGAACCAACAGCAGCAUCAGCAGUGGCAACAGCAACAGCAACAGCGUUGCACAUUAAGCCGGAUAGUUUGCAUUAUGAAGAUGUGCUGCCACCACCGUUGCUGCCUCAGCUGUCCGGGCAUCAAAUAUUUGACAACAGCAACAGCGACAGCAGGAGCAGCGAACCAGCAACUGAAAUGCUGCCAAAAUUAUUAUUGCCAGCGGAGGAGGAAGAGGAUGAUCCAGCAGCAGCAGCAGCAGCAUGGCACUUGGGCUUGGGGUCCCCGCAUGUCACUGGAAAUGCUGUCAGCGUUUUGCCAGACGGUAAGUACAACAGACUAUAUGGAAGCUAGAACCACCAUUCAAAC